CCUAAAUAUUCAUCAAUGGCCAUUGAAGCAUCGGUAAAUUCUCUGCAACAUUCGUCGUGCAUUUUGAGAUUCCGCCGGAAUCCGAUCGCAAACCGGAAAGCCUUUCUUGGUUUCGGGUUCGGUUUCAGACAUAAUGAGAUUCGAUGUGAGAACAUACGUUCCUCCUCGGAAAGCCAAGGGAGAAGAAGAGGUGAAGCGGUGGUGGUGGCGGCGAGGAAAAGAAAUCAAUCGCCGGUAAGAUGUGCGGCGGAGGGAACACUGUUCGGUGGAGAAGAGACGGAGGCGAUGACGGAGGAGGUGGGGACGAUGAUGAUGCCGGAGAGGAGAAAAGUAGUGAUAUUGACGGCUUGCAUGAUGUGUCUCUGUAACGCCGACCGAGUUGUUAUGUCCGUCGCGGUGGUUCCACUCGCCGAGAAGCUUGGCUGGUCGAGUUCUUUUCUAGGGGUAGUUCAGUCCUCUUUCCUAUGGGGUUACAUUUUUUCAUCGGUUAUCGGAGGGGCACUGGUGGAUCGUUAUGGAGGAAAACAGGUAUUGGCUUGGGGAGUUGCAUUGUGGUCCUUAGCCACUCUACUAACUCCUUGGGCAGCUGCACACUCAACCUUAGCCUUAUUGUGUGUUCGCGCCUUCUUUGGCCUCGCUGAAGGCGUUGCAUUGCCCUCCAUGACUACCCUUCUCUCUCGGUGGUUCCCAACAGAUGAACGCGCAAGUGCGGUUGGAAUAUCGAUGGCCGGGUUUCACAUGGGAAAUGUGGUGGGACUUUUGUUGACGCCGCUCAUGCUAUCAACUUCUAUAGGAAUCUCUGGUCCAUUCAUUCUUUUUGCAUCCUUAGGUCUAUUGUGGGUGUCCACUUGGUCAAGUGGCGUUACAAACAACCCUCAGGACAGUCCUUUCAUCACUAGGUCAGAGCUUAGGCUAAUCCAGGCUGGAAAACCAGUUCACCCGCCAGCCAAUAUUAUGGCAAAAUCUAAGCCAUCUUUGCGCCUUCUUUUGUCGAAAUUACCUACUUGGGCGAUCAUUUUCGCUAAUGUGACUAACAACUGGGGAUACUUUGUUCUUCUCUCAUGGAUGCCUGUUUACUUCCAGACGGUUUUUAAUGUGAAUUUGAAGCAAGCGGCUUGGUUCAGCGCUCUUCCAUGGGCGACAAUGGCGGUCUCCGGUUACUUCGCCGGCUCAGCAUCGGACUUCUUGAUCAGAACUGGUCACUCUGUAACCUCAGUCCGAAAGAUCAUGCAGUCUAUCGGAUUUAUGGGUCCGGGGUUGUCGCUGCUCUGCCUCAACUACGCAAAGACGCCUUCUUGUGCAGCGAUUUUCAUGACCAUUGCAUUGAGCUUGAGUUCCUUUAGCCAAGCUGGAUUUCUCCUCAAUAUGCAAGACAUCGCACCACAAUACGCUGGUUUUCUGCAUGGUAUUUCGAAUUGUGCGGGUACGUUAGCUGCGAUCGUAAGUACAAUAGGGACUGGCUAUUUCGUGCAGUGGCUCGGCUCGUUUCAAGCGUUCUUGACGGUUACGACGUUUCUUUACUUCGCAGCGACCGUGUUUUGGAUCCUCUUUGCCACCGGAGAACGAGUCUUUUAAUUCCAAAAGUACAAAAUGAUUAUUAUUAUUAUUAUUUUUGGUUAGAAAGUUAAAAUAGAAUAGAUACUUUUUUUU